AUGAUGGACAGCUCCAGCAAUUCGAAGAGACGUCGAGGACUCGGUAUUGUGACGGCAAAUGCUUGCACUGAAUGCCGGAAGAAACGAGCUAAGUGUGAUGGAAAAACUCCCUGUGGAAGAUGCACUGCCCAGAAUGUCGAUUGCCACUACGAACUUCCUGUCCGCCAAUCGAAAGAACGGAUGAGAUCUGAUAUUGAUACACUAAAGACACAACAACGACAAAAUGAACGAAUUCUGUCUGCUCUGGUUUCAGGAGAAUCAUCGGACCAGGUUCUGGAACAGCUUCGAUCGGGAGAGACAGUCGAAACUAUUGUAGACAAGCUGGAAUCGGGUUCACGCUCCUCGAUUUCAGGGAGCAACAACAGCACAAGUUUCUCUCGAAUGGUGGAUCAACAAGCCAUUGGAAAUGCGUUAAGCAAGGCCAGAAGUAUAGUCAGUUCGCCGCUAUCAUUACUUGGGUAUAGUGACAGAGAAGGGUCAGGAGGUCAAAGUCGAUCUGAAGGGACGGCAUGGCCAACAUGGGGUGCAGAAAGCAAUCCUUCGGCUCAGGAGCAGGAAGAUAGGAAUCAGGAUGAUAGUAUGGUCUGGGAUGUUGAGCCUUUAUCAUACCCCCAGCAGGCUUUAGCAAACAAUCCACUGAUAGGUACAUGGUCCCAACCUUCUGACUCUGACCCCAUGUCCCAGCGGCAACUCCAAGAAGCAAGAGGCCAUGGACAAGCAACGAUUCUUGGGUCGACCUUUGGCAUGGAAGAGAAGCCAAAACAACCGCAUCCAAAUGCGAAUCAAGGCUGGACGAACGUCACUAACGAUGGAGCAUUUGUGGAGCAUCUGAUGGCUCUGUACUUCUGCUGGGAAUACCCAACAUUUGCCUCAUUAAACAAAGAACAUUUCUUGGAGGACAUGAGAGCGGGAAAUCCCAGGUACUGCUCGUCUCUGCUUGUCAAUGCUUUACUUGCCGUUGGGUGCAGAUUUUCCACUCAACCGAGGGCCCGAACAGAUCCGAACGAUAGCAACACAGCUGGGGAUCAUUUCUUUGCCGAAGCCUCACGACUUCUAGAUUUGGAGACAGACCGGCAUUCCCUAACGACAAUACAAGCGCUGGGACUGAUGUCAAUCCGCGAAGCAAGCUGCGGACGAUCCAGUCACAGCAUCUUCCUUUCCGGCCAAUCAAUUCGACUUGCUAUCGAGAUGGGUCUACAUUAUGAUGUCCAAGAUAACAGGAGCGAGACUGCCAAAUUGGACCAUGCAGUGCGAUCGGCCACCUUCUGGGGAGCAUUUUCUUUAGAUCAGGUUUGGUCAAUGAGCAUUGGUCGAUUGCCACAUUUCUCCAGAAAUGCCAAACUGGUGACAAAGCCCCCAAUUGUGGAGCAUAUUGAAGCUUCAUCUUGGGUCCCAUAUACAGAUGAUGGCGCACCCAUUGAAACUGCUUGCAUACAGCCUUCUAAUGUUCGGAGUGUAUAUAAAACAUUUUGUGAGCUUUCUGAGAUUGUCCACAAGUCUCUUUAUAUGCUGUAUACACCGGGAAAGCCCGUCACGAGCAAGAGUCUCAAUGAUGUGUACACGGAAUACAUUCGGUGGUAUUCCGAAAUUCCUUCAACUUUACGGCUCGGCCAUAACUUUACGCCUUCAGUGCUAUUCGCACACAUGUACUAUCACACUGCCAUCCUCCUCCUCUUCCGACCCUUCGUCAAACUCAACAUCACAGGAUCCGGCGUCUCACCCCGCGACCUAUGCCACCAGGCAGCAAACACCAUCUCGAUCCUCCUCAAAUCCUACUCUGACCUCUACACGCUCGAGCGGACACCAUCAUUCGUACCCUACUUCGUACUCGCCUCAACAAUAACGCACGUCAUCACACUCGGCAAUCAACAAGCCGGAGCAGAGCAACUCGAAGCCGCCGUCGCCAACCUACGACAAAUGGUAAGCUGUCACGGCUUCGCGAAUCGCGCUCUCAACAUCGUUCGCUUCCUCAUCGCGCAUUGGGAUGUCACCUUCACUAUGCUGCACUCUGAUGAAGAGCUUAGCCACCAGGACUUUGCAGCAUUGUGCCAAUCUUCGUCAUCAUCGAUGAACUUCUUCUGUCCGAAUGUAGGGAGUACGGAUAUCGUGAAUGGAAUUGGUCCUGCGCCUCCGGGUGGUACUCCUCUGUUCUGGCCGUUUCCCUUGCAGGGACGGUCGCUGAUCAAUUCAAGUGGUACGUCGCUAGAGGAUGCGGGGUUUAGUGUUCGGAGAGAUUAGGUGCUAUUUGGUGGGAUUGGAGAAGUUCAGGAUUGUGAGAAAGAGGCGAACGAGGAUCUGUUAUGGUAGAGGAGACGGCAACGACAGUCGGCCUGUAUGAAACAGAUAGAGCAUGAUGCUUUCAGUGCCGGAGUAUGAUGAAGACGGGCUCAAAGCCUCUUGAACAAACAUUCAUCUAGUCAGAUGCACACGCAAGGUGGAAGGUUGGGCAAGCAAAUGAGGACCUGAUGAUCAGUACGAGAACGAAGAACUGGAAAUGGGCAACGGCGUCCAGACACAGCAAUGCGAGAUGUGCUCGUGAUGUACGGGGAGAACUGGGUGGGACACGCAAGUAGGAAGUAUCUUAUAUGCGGUUGUGUUCGAGGUGAAUAGGGGAAGCCGAAUAAUGGAGUUUGUAGGUGAUGGGCGGGAAUGUCAAGGGUACGGGAAUGGAUUUUUUUGGCUCUGGCGGAUGGGCAACAAGGCUUGGGAACUCGGGAACUGUUGGAUAGGAUGGGACAGAAUGGGAUAGGAGCGAGAUUAUCAUAACUUGCAUUCCUUUUGUGCCGAAAAAUAACAGGUACUUCAACUAUCAGCACUCGGAGUGAAUGUGAAGUGAAU